CUACCAGUUCACGUGAUGAGACAUGGCUUAGUCAGUCAGUGUGGUUGCGACCGACAUCUAUAACUGCGUUCACUGACCGUUUUCACCAGCUGGAUGUGCUUUAGGAUUUCCCAAUAACUCCUUUAUGUUAUCUUCUGGCAGCGGAGGAACCUAAACAACAGGAAGAAAAAGAGUGACGCGUCGGAUUUAGCUAACGUUAACGGUCCGUGAAGUCAAGUGCAGUUUGCAGUGCGCCGUGACCCACCUGUGCCUGCAGCGACACAACACCACCUUUUCCCCCUUCUCUUUCCUCUACGGGAACUGAAAAGUCACUGCCCCGCAGUGUAAUCUCAACAGAAGGAUGAAACUCUCUCACGCUUUGGCCGCGCUUAUCAUCGCCUGGUUUGCGGUUUUUGGUUGCAUUCAGGCGGUUACUCUUGAGGUGAAUGAGGGGAACUCCACCUGCAUUAAGGCUGAGCUUUCUGCAUCAAUCUCCAUCACAUACAACACCUCCAACAGCACAAGAAAAGCUCAGGUCCCUCUGCCCGACUCUGCUACAGUCGAUAAAGGCAGCAGCUCAUGUGGCACAGUCGGUAGAGCACCCUGGCUGGUGGCGGUGUUUGGACCUGGCCACGCGUUGGGGCUGAGCUUUUCAACCAAUGGAAGUAUGUACAGUGUCGCUAACCUGACACUGCAGUACAACCUCAGCGACGCUUCGGUCUUCCCUGAGGCCAACAGCUCUGAUGUGGUCACUGUGGUGUCGUCGUCAGUUGGGAUCUGGGCAACGAUCAACACCACCUACCGCUGUGUGAGCUCCGCCACUUUUGGAGUUGGUGGAGCAAACGUCACUUUCUCUAACAUGAGGCUUGAGGCGUACAUGCCAGGAAAUGACCUGAGUCCAACAGAAAGCGAAUGUAUGGCAGAUCAGGCCAGUACUACAGCUCCACCUACCACUGCCGGUACAACUACAACCGCAGCUCCAGCACCAACCCCUCCAGGAACACCUGAACGAGGCACGUACACUGUAAACAACAGCAACGGAACUGCGUGUCUCCUGGCCCAAAUGGGACUGCAGCUCAACGUCUCAUAUUUCUCUCUGUCUCAGAAUAAGACUGUCCAAGAAUUAGUAAACCUCACUCCCAAUCUGACAACUUCAUCAGGAUCAUGUGAAGCCAGCAGUGCUACCUUGGUUUUGACACAGGGGCGAACAACCACGCUCAACUUCACCUUCAGUCUGAACUCCACGAGCAACAAGUACCACCUGAGUGGGAUAACUCUGCUUGCUAAUUGGUCUGAUAUGACUGCUCCCUUCUCAGCCAGCAACACCAGUCUGAACUACCUGCGGGGCACGCUGGGCCGCUCCUACAUGUGCAACGCUGAGCAAACUCUGGUCGUGGUGCCAGCCUUCUCCCUCAACACAUUCAGACUGCAGGUCCAACCAUUUGAAGUCACCACCAACCAGUUUGCUACAGCGGAAGAGUGUCAAGUGGACCAAGACCAGAUGCUCAUUCCCAUCAUUGUUGGAGCAGCUCUUGCCGGACUGGUGCUGAUCGUCCUCAUUGCGUAUCUAAUAGGCAGGAAGAGGAGCCAUGCUGGCUAUCAGACCAUCUGAAUGAACCCCUUCAUUUAACUUGAGCCUGAGAGACUGAAUGGUGGGGAGAUGAACCCGAGGGUGUGAGUGAGCAAAUGCUAGAUUGUGGACUCGAGCAUGACUGAAUGGAAGCAGUUGUUACUCUGUGGCGAGUGCAUGUUUUUGCAUAUCGUAUGUGACCUCCUGGAUAUUUGAUUUUCCUUAUACUUCCUUUGUGAGAUGAUGAUGAUGAUGAUAAGAAGCCAAAGAUCUGCUUUACAUUACAUGGUGCGCGUCUUGACGAAGAUUUAAGGAAUUCAUGAGUCUUCACUCAAUCAAGGAUGGAGGCAGUUUGAAUUUACUGUGGCAAGUUCAUGUUAGCUGUUUGUCUUUAGUCCUUUUCAUUAAUUUCUAAGAACUGGAUGAAUUUGCUUGAACUGCUGUGUGUUGUUUUUAAUAUUCCAUGCAAUUAAUGAGACAGAAGGUCAAAUAAAUUGUAGGACAGAGUUUUUUUUAAGUUCCAAUGGCUUGUCCACUGUUGGUUAAAAAAUGUCAUUGCAAGUAAAAACAUUUGAAGUAGGAGUUUUAUUAUUAUUCACAUUUUGUUUAAUUUCCUGAGCACAAGAUAAUCUCAGCGAUGCUGAGAAAAGGGAAAGCUCUGAGUGUGUCUCUCUUCCAAUCAUAUUCCUCCACAGCUAAAAGCCUGAAUUGUCCCAAUGGUGCACUGAGGCAAAGUUUAAUUCAACUAAUUAAAGUUCAGUGAUUGUCACAGUCUUGUGAUGAUAAAAAGGCAGAUUGUUGCUUUAUGUAAAAAGUGUGAAGUGGUCCGGCUAUACAUCGUGCAACUGUGCAUUACUAAAACGUAUAACAACAAGCAAACAGGUGCAUGGAUUCAGUUUCUGGUCUUGCUUUCCCCUGCCCUCUUUAAAGAAAUUUUAAGAUGAAUUGUAGUGUGCUUUGAUCUUAUUUUUUUUUUUUUAUAGAAAAUGCGAUCAAACCAUUUUCUAUUAUGCAUCUUAAUGAAAGUUAAUAAAAAUCUUAAAUCCG